AUGCCUUCUCUUCUUGAGUCGGACAGGUGGGGGCUGACAAACGGUGCCCCACCUCUGGUGGUAGCAGCUGCCACUGAUGCACUGAGGCCUGCUGGCUCUGAGCUCUGCAUCCACGAGGAGGUGGGAGAGGGGCGAAGGGACGGAGAGGAGGCGGAUGAGCUUGGUGGACCACCUCCUCGUCUCUCCCUCACCUACCCCUUCUGCCUAACCCUCGCUCCUCUCUCUCUCACCUAUUCUCCGCUCCUCAGCUUCUCUCCUCUCUCUCUAACCUCCUCUCUCCCCUCCCACCUACUCUCCUCUCCCACAUCUCCACUCCUCUCCCUCCUCUCCCUCACCUACCCUCCUCUCCCUCAUCUCCUCUCAUCUCUCUUACUUGAUCUCCUCGCCCUAAUCUUCUCUCCUCUCGCCUACUCUCCUCUCUCUCACCCUCUCUUUUCUGUUUCACCUCUUUUCUUCUCCCUCACCUACUCUCCUCUCCCUCAUCCCCACUCUUCUCCUUCUCUCCUCUCUAUCACCUCUUCCCCACUCUUCCCCACUCUUCCCCUCUCUCUCACAUACUCUCCUCUCUCUCAUCCACUCCUAUGUCUCUCACCUACUCUCCUCUCUCUCACCACCGCUCCUCUCUCUUACUUACUCCCCGGUCUCCCAGUUUCCAAGUCCGUCACUCACCCCGCUGUGCCAUCCGCAUCUGACCCUCCUUCCCCUCCCUCCCCCACCUCCUCUCCUUCCCCUCCUUCCCGUCCUUCCUCUCCUUCCCCUCCUCCUCUUCCUUCCUCUCCUUCCCCUCCUUCCCCGCCUUCCCCCCCUUCCCUGCCUUCCCCUCCUUCCCCAUCUUCCCAUCCUUCCACCUCCUUCCCUCUGUCCCCCUUUUUUCUUCCCUCCUCACCGUCCCUAAUAGAAGCCUCCCUCACACCAUCUCUCCCCAAAAUACCUGCAGUCCCCAUUCCCCUUGCUGCAAAGCCGGUCAAUUCCUCAGCCGCUGCAGUGGACAACCAGUCCACACGAGGCCCUGCACCACCGCCUUGUCUAAGUUGGCACUCCCUCACUUCAGCUGGCACCUGUGGCAGUCCAUGCCGCUGCAGCAGUCCUCGCUGCUCUGCAGGCUUGUGA